GCACAAGUAUGGGACGUGGCCUGUGUAUUCGGUCCGUGCGGGGCCAACUGUAGUCGACUUGCAAUUUUUGCAAUCGCGUGCGUCCCCAUUGCGUGCGUGUAGUGCCGUCGCGAGGCUGGUGAUAAGCGGUGGAUACUCGCGCCGGAAGCCUGUCUGGGCGCAGAUGGCGAUGCCGCACUGGGUUUGCCAGCCAUAAGGACUAUUGCCUGCAGCUACGGCGGAACGUUCUCGACAGCUAGGUUAAUAGUGAGCUAACAGCAUAGGGCAGUGCUCACUGCUGUGGCGAUGCCAAAUUUGACUUUCGCCGUCAAGUUGGCGGUUUUGCAGUGGUGACCGUCAACCUUGGCCGCUUUGCCUUUCAGCGAGAUGAUCCGUGUCAACCUUGACAUGAGUAUGACUAGGCGUAGCUUGCUAGAUCGAAAGAUGCGAUCCGGUCAAGAAGACCGAAGUCUCCGCUUCCAUUGUUGCAUUGCCAUCGCUGCAGAUGAGGAACAUUCGCAGCGAAAGUGUCGUCAACGAGCCAGCAGCGUGCAGAGCCACAAGGCGGCGGCAUCUGUUGCUUCCCGUGGGAUACGGGGCAGCGCAAUUCAGCGACGUCGUCCGAAGUCAGAAAAGCACUUGGCCCGAGUAAGCGGAGACUGAGGACGCGGCAAAGGGAGUCAGCGGCUGGGGCUCGUCGCUACACAUGGUCGUGCACGCGUAAAAGAUAGGGCUGGGCAUAGUGAGACCAAGAGGCCGAGUGCAAAAUCUCGUCCAGGAUAAGCGCCUAGUGCGAGAGAGCUCCCUGCCGCUCCCCUGCAUCGUCGAUUCGUAUAUGAGCGGCAGCAUGCUCUCCUCUGUGCUCCUCAUUCCCCAAUUUCCUCCCGAGAGCGAAGUGCCCUACCAGCGUCGUCCCCGGUUGGAGAUUCCCGUUUCCCGUUUCUAGUCCAUCCAACAGCGUGUUAUUCGUCUCCUGUUACAGUAAACUACCAUGAAGGUGUACACGACCAUCGUGCUCGCGGCCAUGGCUAUGCAGGUCGUGCUUGGUGGCGGCGGCGGCGGCAUCACGUUUGACAACGCCGGCAGCUACUCGCCUGGCGGCACUGAGAACUCAGCUGACACGUACACGCAGAACGGUGGCAAGUCCGGUCUGAACACGCCGGUGCCGGCCACGACCCCGGCCACGCCUGUGUCGACCCCGGCCACUACCCCGGCCACGCCUGUGUCGACCCCGGCCACUACCCCGGCCACGCCUGUGUCGACCCCCGCCACGCCCGUGUCUACUCCGGCUGGCACGACGCCUGCCCCCGAGGCCACUCCGGCCACGCCUGUGUCGACUCCGGCUGGCACGACGCCGGCCCCCGAAGCCACUCCGGCCGCUACCACACCCGUGCCUACUACGCCGACUUCCGAGCUGGGCUCAAGCUCUGGAUCGCACCCGGAGCAGCAGACGCCUACGUCCACGCCUGCUCCGUCAUCGCCUACGUCAGGCACCGGCUCGGGCUCGUCGCCUUCUCAGGAGACUCCUUCUACUACCCCGGCUCCUACCACUCCAACCACGGAGCAGGGCACCGGAUCCGGCUCGCACCCGGAACAGCAGACGCCCGUGAGCACCCCGGCCAUCACGACCCCGACGUCGGAGCUUGGUUCCUCGGACGAAGACACUCCUUGCCCGACCCUGGAGUACAACUACCCCGCUCCUACCCCGGCUGGCACGACGCCCACGACGGAGCAGGGAAGCGGCGAGGAGGACACGCCGUGCCCGACUCUGCAUCAGGAGACCCCGUCUACCGGUUCGGGCUCGUCGCCUAGUCAGGAAACACCGUCGACCACCCCUGCUGCUACAACUCCAACUUCGGAGCAGGGCAGCGGUGCGGAGGAUACGCCGUGCCCUACCCUCCAGUACAACUACCCCCCGGGAACACCUGCCCAGGAGACCCCGUCUACCGGAUCGGGAUCGUCGCCUAGCCAGGAGACCCCGUCGACCACCCCUGCUGCUACUACCCCGACCUCGGAGCAGGGCAGCGGUGCGGAGGACACGCCGUGCCCUACUCUGCAGUACAACUACCCGCCUGCUACGCCUGCUGCCUCGACCCCUACCACAGAGAACGGCAACGGCUCGGGUUCGUCUCCCAGCCAGGAAACCCCUUCGACUGGAUCGGGUGAGGAAGAUACACCGUGCCCAACGCUCGAGUACAGCUACCCGACUCCCACCCCUGCUCCGUCGACGCCUUCGUCGGGCAACGGAUCGGGCUCGUCUCCCAGCCAGGAGACCCCGGUGACUACGCCUGCUCCGUCGACGCCUACCUCGGAGAACGGAUCGGGCUCGUCCCCCAGCCAGGAGACCCCGUCCACUUCGGGUUCGGGCUCGCACCCUGAGCAGCAGACGCCUACCUCGACCCCGGCCGCCACCACUCCUACUUCGGAGGCGGGUUCUCACUCGACUGAAAAGUCCACCUCGGGCUCUGGAUCUAGCCCCGCUCAGUCUAACUCUGGCUCGGCAUUUAACCAGUCCGGCUCGGGCUCGUCCCCUGCCACGGAGACCCCUGUGACGGAGACCCCGGCUACUACUACCCCUGCCACUACCACGCCUGCCCCGACGACGCCGACCAAGUCCGGCAAGACGGGAAAGACCGGCGCUGGCAAGCCUGAGACCCCGUCGGCGGAGAGCCCUGACGACGACUACACGCAGACUGCUCAGCAGUCGGCGCGCUUCCUGCGCGCUUAAGCGCCUCCAGCUAGCUCUGGAGACAAUCGACGGCAACGGAAGGAAGUUCCGUCAAGGUUUUGAGGCGGGAAACAGCUUGUUGUAUCUUUGUUCAUGUCGGGCUGAGUAGCGCAGCACUUCGUCGUGCGUACUAACUCACAGCGAAUACAGCAGCUACUUGACCCUCAAUACACUAGACUUCAUACUUCGA